CGGCGGUGAGGGACAGGGAGCAGGUGAAGCAGGAGGCUCCGCCAGCAGACUGGCGCGGUGCGAGGCCGCCGGUGCGCCGCCCGGUCGGGAAGCAGAGCAAGAGGGACAAUAAGGACAGGAAGGACAGGAAUGAGAAGAAGGGCAGGAGGCGCCGCAGGAGCAGCAGCCCAAUGGAGGUCCACUGAUCUGCGCGAUGGCGGACUGACGACGAAGACGUCAACGACCAGGAGGUCGAUGGUUGGCCCCAGUGGCACGAGGACAGCGGCGACGACUGCGACGGCGUGGUCGAUGCUCAAACCGUCGAGAAGAACAUCAAGGUGGGUACGGCUGGGAGGCAGAGUCCCAGCUCUCCAGGAGGCGUGUGGGAGGGCAUGUGCUGCGCAGGGGCAGCGCUACUCGGAGUGGAGGCUCAGGGACGACGUGGUCCUGGGGGCAGUGCCCGCCAAGAAGUCUGCGGAGAGUUUGGGGGUGGCGACGCGAGGAAGAACGGGAGUGACGACAAGGAGGGAUGCAAGGAUGAGCCAAUCGGAGGUCAGGGGGUGCGAGUGCCGCACGCCGACGGCCUCGUAGACUUCCUGGAGCGGGUGGGCCAGGAGGAGGCGAGCCAGAUCCAGAAGGACGAGCCCGCCGACGCGGAGGAGGACGACGGCGUCGGCGUUGCGACGUUUUCGCCGAAUGUGGUGGUAAGCGUGGGAGCAGGAAGCCCUGAGCAGGUGGAGGAGCAGGAAGCCCUUGAGAAACUCACGCUUGCGCUGGAGGCGUUGCGCGGCAGGCGCGGGACCGCAGCUGCAGGCGACGCCCUGGACCAGCUGAAGGCGCUCCAGGAGUGCGACUCGAAGGGGGGGAUUGGCUAAGGUGGGCCUCGGGUCGCCUUCAGCAGCCCUGAAGGCCUGAGGGUCUUAGGGGAGACUUUAGCUUCGGGGGUAUCCUUGGAGGUUCCUGGCCCUGUUGCGGUUUUGUUUCUGGGUCCCUUCGGGGGCCGUCCGUCCGUCUCGCAGGAUCGUUCGGAGGUGCUGCGGCCCUUCCUAUGGCGGGGCGGGCUCGGCGGCCGCGCGCCGAGACGGUUUGCGGAGAAGACCUGGCAUCG